AUCUACACACACACCAGUGCAGCUGUUACACUGACUGUAUCAGCAGUAAAAGUCAAACCUACAAUCACCUCAAACCCUGAAGGAGCUGCACUGACAGGAAACACAGUGACUCUGUACUGUAAACUCCAUCAGUCUGCUGGAUGGACGUUUUACUGGUCCAAACACACACAGAGCUCUGAGAAGGAGACCAUCACCAACGUCUACACCAUCAGCUCAGUUAGUCUCUCUGAUGGAGGUCAGUACUGGUGCAGAGCUGGCAGAGGAAACCCAGUCUACUACACACACUACAGUGAUGCACUCUGGGUAAACGUUACUGACAGCACUAAAGCUGUGGUGUCCAUAAAGCCUGAUAAGCAGGUGUUUAAAGGAGAGACGGUCACUCUGAGAUGUGACAUACAGGCAGGAGGAGACACUGAGUGGACUUACAGCUGGUAUAAAGAUGACCAUCUGUCCUCAAACAGAAGAACACAGGAGUUCACAGUCAGCUCUGUUACAGAGUCUAACGGUGAUGUAGCUCAGGCAGUAUUGAGUGUGUCUGCACAGAGCUGGCUGACUGAAGGAGAGUCAGUGACUCUAAGCUGUGAGGUUACAGGCUCCUCUACAGGCUGGACAUUCAGCUGGUACAGAGCUGCUCUCUACAGACAAGGCUUAGAGCAAAUAAGAGACGUUCAUGACAAAGUUCUGUAUCAUGUAGAGCUCCUGUCAGACAGCAGAAGAGAAGUGGAGGCUCCUACACUCUCAGUCCUGCUGCUCUAA